GAUUCGUGAGUCGCCAUUUCAUUUGUCCAUUUGUGUUGUGUGUGUUCAAAUUAAUUACAUAUUUUAAUAAAAUAAAAUUAAAUUACCAAGUUAAAGGAUACAUAAUUAAUGCAUUUCUGAAUGACGGCUUGUUAUUGCAGUUUGCCUUCGUGUAAAAUGGAUAAAAGUCGUUGAAAGCCAAGACGAGUGCAAAACAAGAUUUAGCCUUAAUUGCACAGAAGAAAAAAAGUUGAAAAUGAUUUGUGAAUCGCCGUCAAUGUGUGCUGAUGAGUAAAGAGAACAAGAAAAUAAUGAAAAAAUAAAAUUUUGUAUAGAUUUUCCACCACCGCAAGAAUUGAAAAUCAUAUUGAAUUGAAUUAAAAUCAAGUAAAAAGUUCGCGAUACAUCAAGAGUGAAAAAAUACGGAAAUCGCGACGUCUAAAAGUCUUCCAAGCUGUGUGUGUCUACAGUGAAAAAAUCGCAUUCGACUCGCUCGCAACAAUAAGAACGAACCCCCCAUCAAUCUACAACACAUCAAAAAUACAUAAGUUUUGUUGUAUCCCAAUAUACAUCAUAAUUCCUAAAUUUGCAAUAUCCCCAAGAAAAAGGGAUUCUAGCUGUUUAAAUUGCAAUGAAAUAAAAUUUCAGAGUUUUUAACAGAAACGGUUUGUUUUCUUGAUAAGAGCCCAAGACAAAAGGGAAUAACAUGAGCCAUGCCUUCGGCACGACCUGGUAGUCUUAAAGAUCCGGAAAUAGCAGAAUUAUUUUACAGACAUGAUCCCGAAAAGAUAUUUGAAGAUUUGCGAGAAAUCGGCCAUGGCUCCUUCGGUGCAGUUUACUAUGCACGAUGUAACCUUAACAAAGAGAUUGUGGCCAUCAAGAAAAUGUCCUAUACGGGCAAACAAAGCUUGGAAAAGUGGCAGGAUAUUCUCAAAGAAAUCAGAUUUCUGCGUCAAUUGAGACAUCCCAACACAAUCGAAUACAAAGGAUGUUAUCUGCGCGAAUCAACGGCAUGGCUUGUCAUGGAGUACUGUGUCGGCUCGGCCUCAGAUAUCAUUGAAGUUCACAAAAAGCCAUUACAUGAAGAUGAAAUUGCCGCCAUAUGUGAUGGUGUACUCAGCGGGCUGAGCUAUUUGCACAGCUUGGGACGCAUACAUCGUGACAUAAAGGCCGGAAAUAUACUGCUCACAGAUUGUGGCGUUGUAAAGCUGGCCGAUUUUGGCAGUGCAGCCAUCAAAUGUCCAGCCAAUAGUUUUGUGGGCACACCAUAUUGGAUGGCGCCCGAAGUCAUUUUGGCCAUGGACGAAGGUCAAUAUGAUGGUAAAGUGGAUGUGUGGUCAUUGGGUAUAACCUGCAUUGAAUUGGCCGAACGGAAACCGCCAUAUUUUAAUAUGAAUGCCAUGUCUGCAUUGUAUCACAUAGCCCAGAAUGAAUCACCUACGUUACCCAAAAAUGAUUGGUCCGAUACGUUUUGCAAUUUUGUUGAUCUGUGUCUCAAAAAGAAUCCCGCAGAAAGACCAUCAUCGACCAAAUUAUUGGGCGAUCCAUAUGUUACAAGACAUCGUUCCGAUACCGUACUACUGGAGUUGAUAGCACGAACGAAAGCCGCAGUUCGAGAAUUGGAUAAUCUCAAUUAUCGUAAAAUGAAGAAAAUUCUUAUGGUUGAUACCUGCGAGACUGAAAGUGCCGUCGGCGAUACGGAUGAUACACAGGAUGAGCAUGCGGGUGGUGAUAGCAGCAAGAGUAAUAGUAUUACGUCGGAGCACUCAAUACAUUCAGUGGGUGUAUCGGCGGCCAGUAGUCAAGUAAGCUCUUCGUCGAAUUCAAUACCACCUGCAAAUCAAAAUCACAUCGGCGGUGGCGGUCCAUAUUCACAACAGCCACAGCAUUUGGGUGCCAUGAAUUAUCAUCAUCCACAUCAUCAGCAGCAACAGCAAAUGCAUUCACAACAACAACAACAGCAGCAGGCAAUAAGCGGAGCUGUUUCGCGCAAUUCAUCACGUCAACGCAACUUGCCGCCAUUGCCUAGCAUUAUGCACAAUAUGAACAAUAAUGUGACACCUACUAAUUCCACGGCUGUGGUACCAGCACCUGUGCCUCACCAACAACACCAGCAGCAGCAGCAGCAACCGCCACAUUCACUAAUGUCCACCAUGUCAAUGGGCAGCGGACCGGGUGGUAUGCCACAGUCGCAACAGCAAACCUGUGGAAACAUGUCGUCCGCCGGUGAUCGUAUGUCUCAAACGUCACAACAACAGCCACCGUUACAGCCACCACGUUAUCUGGGCUUUCCCAUACAAGCCAAUGAGCAUGGUCCUAACAAUUUUGCCACUAUACGCACCACAAGUAUAGUUACUAAACAACAAAAAGAACAUAUGCAGGAAGAGAUGCAUGAGCAAAUGUCUGGAUACAAGCGAAUGCGUCGUGAACAUCAAGCUGCACUUCUCAAACUCGAAGAGAAGUGCAAAGUGGAAAUGGAAGCGCAUAAAAACGCCCUGGAUAAGGAAUAUGACAAUCUGUUGCAUAAUUUCACAAGGGAAUUAGAAAGACUAGAGGCCAAACAUCAGCAAGAUUUGGAAAGACGCAUGAAGCAAACAACAGCUGCCGAAAAGAAAUUACACAAGGAGAUUACUCUGAAACAGGAAUGUGAUCGCAAAACCUAUGACAUGCAACGCAAGAAAGAUUACAAGGCCAACAAGGAACGGUGGAAACGCGAAUUGUCCAUGGACGAAUCAACGCCGAAGCGCCAGAGGGAUUUAACACUGCAAUCACAAAAGGACAGCCUCAAACAGGCCGAGGCCCAAGAAGAACAACGUCUGUUGUCGCUGCAAAAGAAAUACAUUGAGUUGGAAAUGCGCAAAUUCAAGCGAAGGCGUUUAAUAGCGCUGCACGAGCUGGAAGAUCAACUAUUAAGAGACGAAUUGUCUAAGAAACAGCAUCAGCUGGAGCAGGCCCAUGCCAUGUUACUGAAGCAUCAUGAGAAGACACAAGAGCUAGAAUACCGCCAACAAAAAAGUGUCCAUCAUUUGCGCGAAGAACAAAUUAAUAAACAACACGAUACUGAAUUGCAAAAUCAAAAAGAUUACAUGGAGCGAGUUAAAAAAGAUUUAGUGCGCAAACACGCUCUGGAAAUUAGGCAACAUCCUAAGAGUCUAAAGCAAAAAGAAUUGCAAAUACGUAAACAAUUCCGAGAGACGUGUAAAACGCAAACAAAACAAUAUAAACGCUAUAAAGCCCAGAUAUUGCAAACGACGCCAAAGGAGCAACAAAAAGAAGUCAUUAAACAAUUAAAAGAAGAAAAACAUCGUAAGCUAACGCUGCUGGGCGAACAGUAUGAACAAAGUAUUGCUGAUAUGUUCCAAAGUCAAAGUUAUAAACUAGAUGAAAGUCAAGUGAUCGAGUGCCAACGUACCAACGAAAUGUUGGAAUAUGAAUUAGAUGUCUUAACUGCCUAUCAAAAUAAGAACAAGAAACAAGCUCAAGAGCAACGCGAUCGAGAGCGUAGAGAAUUGGAAAAUCGUGUGGCAGUCCGUCGUAGUGUGUUAGAGAAUAAGAUGGAAGCGGAAUUACUACAAUUCAAUCAAGAACGUGCCGAACGAUUGCGAUUGAUGCACGAGAAACAUGUUAAAGAAAUUGAUGCUUUCGAUGAAGAAUCAAUCACUUUAGGUUUCAGCGCUAUGGCAGUUGCCGAAGGAUCACGGGAGGCAUACCCUGAUGAAGAGGGUAGUCUAUCGGGGUCUAUGAUUAGUUUAGCGCAUAGUAAUAGUUCAACAAGUUUUCCGGCUGGCUCCCUAUAGCAUAGAAAUGUUAAUAAUACAAAUGGAUUUCAUCAAAUUAAUAUUUUAAAUAAAGAUAAUGUAAUUAUUGCUAGUAACAUAACAACAACCGCAACAACAAUAACGAGAACAUCCAUGAACUACACCCCUACAACAACUACAAUAGCAAUAGCAACAAACAUAGUUUCAGUGUCAGCAGCAGCAUCUGCCUCAGCUACGGCAUCAGCAUCAUCGACGUCGACAACAGCAACAACAACACCCACAACUUUAACAAAACAUUUUCGCAUUACGACUCAAAGUGGUGAUGAUGAUAAUGAGUGUAACAAUAAAAAGCAAAAGAACAACAACAAGUGCAAGCAGAUUCAACACCAGCAACCAACAAAAGAUGAUAAUAAUGUGGAUGCAACAACUUGAAACAAAUGGUGUACAAAAACAAAUAAACAAACAAUUGCAGCAACAACAAACCACACAACAAUAAUAAUAAUGAAACAGAAUAAUGCCGCUUAUUAAUCAUCAAUGUAAUAUCAUUUAAGAUUUAAAAGUAGUAUGAAGAAGAAUAGUAAAGGAUGAUAAUAGAUAUGAUGAGGAUGAUGAUGAAGAUGAUGUGAUGAUGUUUUGUAAACUAAAUUCAAACUUAUGGAACUCACACACGUACACUCACAUUUCCCCUUAUUAUCCACUCAACUUUACUCCUCCCUAUGCACGUACAUUUACCAAGCCACAAAAAAAAGAA